AUGGCUGCUGCCGUCACCAUCCGCCCUUCAAUAUCUCCGUCUACCCUUACGUCGAUUAUUGCGCACCAAAGCAACAAGCGGGUGAUGCCAGUCAAAGAAAAUCAAAUAGCUGCCAAAAGCGCAUUAGGCCCUGGCGAGACGCCUGCUACUCGUGCUCGACGUGAGCGUCCAUGUGAUGCCUGUCGAAAGCGGAAAAGCAGAUGUGUGAUACAUGAGGGCGCUAUGGGCUGCGUGCUCUGUGAAUUUCACAAUCAAGAAUGCACUUUUGUGCAAGAUCCCCAACCAAGGAAGAGGAAGCCACCGGCCCAACCCCAACCCCAGGAAGAACAAGCGCCGACCCGAAGAAGAUCAAUCGAGCUGCCCCAGCAACAGCAGCUCAAGCCUCCUCAACAAUCAAAUCAACCAAUUGCUAUAACUCCAGACAAUCGCGCUGGUCUCUCCUCUGACAACAACUUAGCCGCCGGAAAUGUUGAACCCCAACUUCGAAAGACAUCCCUGUCCUUAGACCUUGAUGCACGAAGACACAUCAAGUACAUCGGCACGACCACUGAGUUUGAACAUAUGCUGGCUGACCUAUACCCCUUUGAUGGAAACGACGAGAGCCUUCUUCCCUCGGCAACGCUGCGAAGGGUCAGUGAUUCCGACAUGUUUCUGAUGCUUCCUGAGCAAGGAAAUGCCGAGUAUGAAAUGGACGUCAAGGAUCACGAGACCCUGGAGGAAAUCAUAUCUCCUCAUGGUCCAGCCCUGGUGGAACUGUACUUUGAGGUUAUCCAUGACAGUUUUCCUGUACUCGAAAGAGAAUUUUUCCUGGAGCAAUACCGCCGUACACCCAGUGCCUUUCCUCCAGCGCUCUUGUCGGCCGUGUACCUCGUUGCUUUGAAUUGGCGGGGUUCAGGUUCAUUGGAUGAAGCGUUCAAUCCGGACAUUGCGCGAUUAGAAAAUAUUGCUCUUCGAACCUUGAGUAGUGUCAGCCGAUUGCCCGAACUCUCGGUUGUCCAAGCUGGCCUUUUGCUUCUGCAAUUACCAAAGGGAGACAACUGGAACUUGACGGCUCAGUUAGUCGCAAUUGGCCAAGAAAUCGGUCUCCAUCUCGAUUGCUCUUCUUGGCAAAUUCCUGCCUGGGAGCGUGGCCUAAGGAAAAGGGUUGCAUGGGCAUUGUACAUGCAAGAUAAGUGGGAAUCAUUAGUUCACGGUCGCCCAUCACACAUAUUUGGUGCCAAUUGGGCGGUUAAGCCUUUGUACGAUGUCGACUUCCCUCAACCCACUAAUGGUGGUUCAGAAGAUGACCAGUUCGACGCGGAGAAGAGCAGAGUUCUUUUUACACAAAUGAUUUACCUCACGCAAAUUUUGGCGGAAAUUCUGGACAUUUUCUAUACGGAGCGUGCUACACAGCAAAUCAGAGAUGCUGGUGCUAGUGGGACAAGACUGAUUCUCGAACGAGCCAAGCCAGUCCAAAUAAGCCUAAAGGAAUGGUACUCUCGUCUUCCUACCUGCGUAAAAAUGGAAAGCAGUCAUCCAGAGCGGCUCUCUUCAACAGGCUAUCUUCAUCUCGCAUAUUUCGCAACAGAGAUUACACUCCAUCGUCGAAUCGUAGGAUCUUUGACUGCCGACGCAACCGAUCCCUAUCUGGAGCAUAUUUGUCGCUCAGCCGCCAAGACCCGAUUGAUAUCUGCAAUGGAUUUUGUCAACCGACUAAAGCCAGCCCACCUCCGAGCGUUCUGGUUCUUUGCAUCCCGCGUGAAUUUUGCUCUCAUCGGUACCUUUGGGAGUCUGCUUCUCGCGACGGCUCCGACCCGAGAAGAGGCCAGUUUCUAUAGAUGCCGCCUUGGCGAGUAUCGAUGGACCUUGAGAGUGAGCACCAAGGCGGCACCUUUUCUCGACUUCGCCGUUGGCGCACUCGAUAAUUCUACCGGCCUUGUACAAUCUCUUCCCGAAAAACCACCACAUGCCACCGCCGUUCAACAACUACAAAGACAAAUGGCAACUAUGGCCCAGCGAGCACCGCUCGUGACCGACGAACCAAUGGCCGAUGCUACCAGUGACGGAGCAGGUCAGGCAUCGUUGCCUCAGGGCGAGUCCUCACACCAUAGAGAUGCUAGCGAUCAACCCUCCGGUCUCGUUUCUCCAGUCACCUCUUCACCUAGAAGCGUCAUUUCGCAGGAUGCCUAUGCUCCAGAGCAUUCAAUCGAUUACGUCUCAAGCCUUGGCGGCUGGGCUCCGUAG